GGCUGCGGGCGGCGCGGGCGGAACUGCAGCUCCCGGGCCGGGCGGGGCGGGCACGUGGUGCGCGGCUGCCGAGAUAAAGAACGCGCUUGGGAGCCGGAGCGCAGCGGCACAGGCGGCCUCGCGGCGGCUGGACAUUUAAGCAACUCGAUGGCCUCCCCAAAGAAGAAGCUCCAAGGUCUUGUUGCUGCGACCAUCACGCCGAUGACCGAGCAUGGAGAAAUCAACUUUUCAGUCAUUGGUCGGUAUGUGGACUAUCUUGUAGAAGAACAGGGAGUGAAGAAUGUCUUUGUGAACGGCACGACGGGAGAAGGCCUGUCCCUGAGCAUCUCGGAGCGCUGCCGGGUCGCGGAGGAGUGGGUGACAAAGGGGAGGAACAAGUUGGAUCAGAUAGUAAUUCAUGUGGGAGCCUUGAGCUUGAAGGAGUCACAAGAACUGGCCCAACAUGCAGCAGAAAUAGGAGCCGACGGCAUCGCUGUCAUCGCACCUUUCUUUCUCAAGCCAUGGAACAAAGAUGUCCUAAUUAAUUUCCUAAAAGAGGUGGCUGCUGCUGCCCCUGCAUUGCCAUUUUACUACUAUCACAUCCCUGCCUUGACCGGGGUAAAGAUUCGUGCUGAGGAACUGUUGGAUGGGAUUCAGGAUAAGAUCCCCAGCUUCCAAGGGCUGAAAUUCAGUGACACGGAUCUCUUAGACUUCGGGCAGUGUGUGGAUCAAAAUCGCCAGCGACAGUUUGCUUUCCUUUUUGGGGUAGAUGAGCAACUGUUAAGUGCUCUGGUGAUGGGAGCAACUGGAGCGGUGGGCAGUACCUAUAACUACCUGGGAAAAAAGACAAAGCAGAUGUUGGAGGCUUUUGAACGAAAGGACUUCUCUUCGGCUCUGAACCAUCAGUUUUGUAUUCAGAGAUUUAUCAACUUUGUGGUCAAACUAGGUUUUGGAGUGUCGCAGACCAAAGCCAUCAUGACCCUUGUCUCCGGGAUUCCAAUGGGCCCACCCCGUCUUCCACUACAGAAAGCCUCCAGGGAGUUUACUGAUAAUGCAGAAGCUAAACUGAAAAGCCUAGAUUUCCUUUCUUGCACUGAUUUAAAGGAUGGAAAUAUGGAAGCUUGUAGCUAGUGUCUAUCAAAUCAGGGUGUGUACAUUGAAAUACAAUGCACCUUGAAUACAGCAUUUAUUUCUCAAAGACUUUUUAGAUGAGCUUGAACUCAACCUUCCUAGCAAAUGAAAUCUUACAGCAGUCAACAAGUAUUUAAAUACCUACUAUGAUCUUUUAAAAGUUUUUAUUUGUGAAAGGGCAAAAACUUCAAAAGGAGUCAUAGCCCUAAAUCAUUCAAUAUUUCACAAGAUUUUUGUAGAGAAAUUUUUGCAUAUGUGGAUGAGAUCAAAUCAAGAGGAAAACUGUACUUGAUUAAUUCCAUUUGCCUUCAGGAGCUCCCGUUAUCUUAAUUCCUGGUUCUUAAUUCUAUUUUAAAGUUUUCUAAUUUUAAACUACUACAAUAUACUUUCAUUUUAAUAAAUAUUCAUUUGUAAUCUA